AAGUCGUUGUAUCUCCGUUGUGUGCAAAAUGAAGAUUCUUGUAGUGCUAUCAACUCUCCUUGCUGCCUCAUUGGCUGUUCCUACCCUCCCACUCUCUUCUGUGGGUAAUGGAAGGAUUGUUGGUGGCGUUAAUGCUCUUCCUGGUGAAUUUCCCUACAUCUGCUCAAUUCAGUGGGUUCUACUGACUGCCAGCACACAUAUUUGCGGUGCUUCAGUUGUGAAUAACAAUUGGGUACUCACGGCAGCUCAUUGCAUCACAGAAGCUCCCAAUAUUGGACGUCUCGAAAUUCUCUGCGGCAAGUUGAAUCUGGCCAUCGUUGAACCAAAUCAAGCUCGCGUGGGAGUUGCAUCGCAUGUUCUCCAUGAAAGCUGGGUGCCCGGGGCAGUGGGUCCCUUCGAUAUAGCUUUGAUCCGUCUGGCAGCUCCUCUUGUGUACAACGAUUGGAUUCAACCAGUGGUUUUCCCUGCUGCUGGCUCUCACCCAUCGGGUGUUUCACAAAUGAUUGGUUGGGGCAGUACAUCUGGUGGUACCAUUCCUACCAAUCCCGACAUCCUGCAGAAGGUUAACGUACCUGUUGUUGAGUACAGUGCUUGCCGUGCCGCUCUUGAGGCCAUCGGAGGCGGAGCUGAUAAUGUCUUCGACGAUACAAAAAUAUGUACUGGACCCCUCACAGGUGGAGUCAGUGCCUGCAGUGGUGACUCUGGCUCUCCUGUGCUUCAGGGUAGUACGCAAAUUGGUAUUGUCUCUUGGGGCUUCAUGCCCUGUGGUUCUGCAGGAGCACCUUCCGUACAUACACGCGUAGCACACUUUAUCACCUGGAUCAACAACAUUGUCAAUUGAAUGGAUAUCGUGAAGAAAUCCAACAUCCUUAUCGCCCGCGUGCCGUGUGGAAGAAUGACAUGAGAGCAUCCAAUAAAUUGGCACUUUUUUUGCCUUACUAAGGUACACAA